AUCUCCGCACCGACGGUCGGGUCCCUCCGUUUCCUCUUAAUUUAAAUACGCUACCCAUCCAUUCCUACCCCGCAACCCCCACCGUCUCCUCCAAAACGCUCCCCUCGCUGCGACUCGUGUCGGCGCUCCUCUGCAAAACCGCACCCGCUCCAAGGGAAGUUGAUCGAGAAGUGUUGGUGGACAUGGGUCAGAUCCAGUACUCCGAGAAGUACUUCGACGAUACCUACGAGUACAGACACGUCGUCCUCCCGCCCGAGGUCGCCAAGCUCCUCCCCAAGAACCGCCUCCUCUCCGAGAACGAGUGGCGCGCGAUCGGCGUGCAGCAGAGCCGCGGGUGGAUGCACUACGCGAUCCACCGUCCGGAGCCGCACAUCAUGCUGUUCCGCCGCCCGAUCAACUACCAGCAGCAGCAGGAGGCGGCUGCCGCGCAGUUGCUCGCCAAGUGAGCCCCUGCUGGCAAGGGUGGCGACCAGAAAUGUUUAAAACCCUAGUCCCCUUUUCAUCUCUAAAAGGGGCGUCGCUAUUCUGUUGAUUAAUUCCUGUGUCUGUUGGUUGGAAACUUGGGAUCUGGCUGUUAGGGUGGUGUCUGCCUUGUGUUCGUGGAAAUGCCUGUGAAGGAACUGCCAUGUGUUAGGCUGUGUUAUCAUGACCAUUUUCUUAAUGUUAUCUGUUACUAUGUCAUCAGGAUGACACUCCUGUUGUGAUGUGAUCUGUGUGAUGGUGUGAUUCUGUGACCA